CGCGAACGCAUGAACAACAUGAAGCACCACUGGGCAAAAAGGUGGAAAAAUUGUCGCCGGUUGUGGAGGAAGAAUGCGCCUCGAAUGUUGGUGAUUCAUCAUGUCGGGGUCUCACUACCCCCCAAUGUGCAGCUCCCACUCGAACUCCUGCUCAAGACAGCACCGCC